CUGAGUACUAAUAUGGCCUCAGAAGUUUAGUUGGAGUAGUCUGGUGAGAGAAAAAUGGAUUCCUUUGCUGACCUGACUUCAAGUAACCUCACUUCAUCAGUCAAUAUGACCAGCUCUUUGCCUGCAACAGUAGCUUAUCAUUUCAAUUCUACCAGUAGUCCUCCAUCAAUGUCAAUAACUAGUCUUUUCCCAGCCUUGUUAGAAUGCUUUGGUAUAAUCCUUUGUGGAUACUGUGGAUACAUAGCAGGAAGGGCCCACAUUAUAACAUCAACACAGGCCAAAGGACUAGGGAAUUUUGUUUCCCAUUUUGCACUUCCAGCUUUACUAUUCAAAAACAUGGUUAUACUUAAUUUUUCUAACGUAAAUUGGUCCUUCCUUUAUGGUAUCUUAAUUGCCAAAGCCACUGUAUUUUUUAUUGUGGGUGUGUUAACAUUACUAGUUGCCCGUCCUGACAGUCGAUUUAGCAAAGCUGGAUUGUUCCCUAUAUUUGCUACACAAAGCAAUGACUUUGCAUUGGGAUAUCCUAUAGUCGAAGCUUUAUAUCAAACUACUUAUCCAGAAUACCUUGAGUACAUUUAUUUGGUGGCUCCGAUAUCUCUUAUGAUGUUAAACCCUAUAGGGUUUAUCUUCUGUGAAAUCCAAAAAUGCAGAGAAAAUCGUGAUACGUCUCAAAACAAAGUGAAAAUAGUUGGACUUGGACUCCUGCGUGUGCUGCAGAACCCAAUCGUAUUUAUGGUCUUCAUUGGAAUUGCCUUCAAUCUUAUUCUUGGCCAGAAGGUGCCAGUUUACUUGGAAAAAUUUCUGGAUGGGCUUGGGAGUUCUUUUUCUGGCUCAGCCCUAUUUUAUCUUGGUCUCACAAUGGUGGGACAAAUAAAGAAACUAAAGAAAUCUGCAUUUGUUGCAAUAAUUCUGCUUGUCACAGCUAAACUCCUGGUGUUGCCACUUUUGUGUAGAGAAAUGGUGGAGCUCUUGGACAAGACCGGUGGUAUAGUGAACCAUACUAGCUUAACCAAUUAUGCAUUUUUAUAUGGAGUCUUUCCAGUAGCACCAGGAGUGGCUAUCUUUGCAACACGGUUCAACAUGGAAGUGGAGAUUGUAACCUCAGGGAUGGUGAUAAGUACUUUUGUGUCAGCUCCAAUCAUGUAUGUUUCUGCAUGGUUACUAACCAUUCCCUCCAUGGAUCCAAAACCCAUGGCGUAUGCCAUCCAGAAUGUUAGUUUUGAUAUAAGUAUCGUCAGUUUGGUCUCGUUGAUCUGGUCACUUGCUGUUCUACUUCUGAGUAAGAAAUAUAAACAGCUUCCUCAUAUGCUAACAACUAAUUUACUCAUUGCUCAGUCUAUUGUCUGUGCUGGAAUGAUGAUGUGGAAUUUUGUUAAAGAGAAGAAUUUUGUUGGACAAAUUCUGGUGUUUGUUCUGUUAUAUAGUUCUCUCUAUAGCACCUACUUAUGGACAGGCCUUCUAUCAAUUUCUUUGUUUCUGUUGAAGAAGAAAGAGACAAUACAAAUUCCUGUAGGAAUUAUCAUUAUAUCUGGAUGGGGCAUUCCUGCUCUUCUCGUGGGUGUUCUUUUGAUAGCUGGAAAACAUAAUGGUGAUAGCAUUGAUUCUGCCUUUUUUUAUGGGAAAGAUCAGAUGAUCACCACAGCAGUCACCCUGUUUUGUAGCAUAUUGAUAUCAGGCGUAUCACUGAUGUGUAUGAACCAGAGUACACAGGAGGGGAAUUACGAGGGAUUGGAUCGUCGUUCUCAGAACAGCAAAACAGGGGAGGCUGAAAGGACUGCUGUUGAGGAAAGUCCAGUGCCAACAAAUGAACCAGAACCGUAUACAAGUUCUACUCUAGAAAGAAGCUCCUGUUCAUGUUCAGUAGGCAAUGGUGAAUUGUGCCAUUCUGCAGUCGACCCAAUAGCAAAUACCAGUCUGGGUGAAACUCUAACUCCUUCCUUGGGGACAGGUGAGCAUUGUGUGAGUCAGUGUAAUUCUCAGAGCUGCAUAUUAGCUCAGGAAGAACAACUUCUACAGAUUGGAGACAAACAACUGGCUAGACAUGUGUUGCUGUGUUUACUACUUAUUGUCGGCUUACUUGCUAAUCUUUCCAGUUGUUUGUGGUGGCUAUUCAACCAAGAACCUGGAAGACUGUAUGUUGAAUUACAGUUUUUUUGUGCUGUAUUCAAUUUUGGACAGGGUUUUAUUUCCUUUGGAAUCUUUGGGUUAGACAAACAUUUUAUCAUUCUGCCCUUCAAAAGAAGAUUUGAAUUCCUGUGGAAUAAUAAAGAAACAGCAGAAAAUGGAUCAUCACCUGUUCCUGAGGAGAUCAGAAUGACCUGUCAACAGUUUGUUCAUUAUCAUCGUGAUCUCUGUGUCCGAAGCAUCGUCAAGGAAAGAAGGUGUGGUGCAAAGACCUCUACUGGAACUUUCUGUGGCUGUGACCUGGUGAACUGGCUAAUUGAAGUUGGCCUUGCCUCUGACCGUGGUGAAGCAGUGCUGUAUGGAGACAGGCUGGUACAAGGAGGAGUUGUCCAGCACAUUACCAAUGAAUAUGAAUUUCGGGAUGAAUAUUUGUUUUACCGAUUUCUUCAGGACAGUCCCACAGAAAGUCCUCUAGGCACUAAUUCAGGUGCAUCCUCACAGGAGAGACAGGUAGAAAUUGAGCACUCAUCCCCUACCUCACUUUCCCCCCAAAACUAAAAUAUGUGGACCUAAAACACAGAAGGAAUCUUUAUCAAACCGAAGAACAAUUUCCCCCCUACAGUAUCAUUAUUAUUAGAGAGCUCCUGUUGAAUAUAAUAAUCAUCAGUUUGGACAGAAAUUGUUAAUGAUUGAUUUGCAUGUAAUUAUGUAAUAUAAUUUUAAUAACCAAAUAAGCCACUACUCUAAAUUGCUGAAUUUUGCAGUUGGAUAUUGAGCAGUAAAUGAAUCUCAUGAUUAUGUAUACUUUGCACUUACCAACUGCACUUCAUGGAGAGACUUUGAAAAUCGUUUUAUUAAGAGGACUUCCUAAUUCUUCAUUUCUCCACCACCACACAAUUUCUUGACAAAUGGUGCUUAUUCAAACUGGCAACACAAUGAAUUUAUCUUUUUAAAGUAUGCUUAUUCUUGCUUUUCCAUCAGAUGGUAGGGGAUAAUCUCCACAAAUCCAUAACAGAAGUUAAAAUACAGUCUAGUCUCUAACUUUUGUUGUGCAUGUUAUGAUUAGAAUAGUUUAACUUACAUCACACCAACAAAAUUGCUAUCAUAAUUGUUGACUGAUGUAUCUAACUUUGCACAUCCCAGUUCAGAAAAUUUUUGCACAUCUCAUGUGAACCACACUAAACCACUGUUUAGAGAAAUUAAAAGAGGAAAGAAGUGGUUCAUGUCAGCAAUUAUUUAUCAUGUGUCUCUUAUGUGCCGUGCACAUUGCCAUGCACUGGGGAUACAAAGAUAAAAGUGAAAGCUUUUUACAUAAUGUCAUACUAUUUUUGAAGAUAAAUCUAAUAUGCUGCUAUAAAUUUUAGAAUUUAAUUUUUGGCAUGCUGAUUCCUAAGCAUCUACAAAUUUAAGUUAUUCAUGCUGUGUGCAGUUACAAAAUAUUAUUCCUAGUUUGAAAUUGGUGGAAAAAAGAUGGAGAGAAAAAGGUGAUCAUGUUAUCUUUGAGUUACUUGAUGUUCAGUGUGCUUUAUUUAUUUCAUAAGUUUUAACAGUCACUUUUUAAAAGUGUCUGGAAUAUGUUGUACCCAAUUUGUCUUACUUUUUAAGCCCUGUUUACUAACAAACCCUUAUGCUAAAUACUUAGCCCCUCUGCUGAUUUAACUUAAAAUGUUUAGUUUCUUUAUAUUUAAUUGCAUCUAACUUUCAUUUGAAUGAGACAGUUCUAUUUUCUGCUUGGAUCCUUUUUUCUUUUUUAAGGUGAAUAGGACUCAUUUUACUAUCUUUUAAAAUCUGUAUGUUUUAAAAAAAAAUAGGAAAACCCUAGUGUAUUUAAGAGUAAAUCUAAACACUUUGCUGUGACAUUUAUUUUAAUUAUGUUUUGGGGGUAGUAGAGCAGUUUGUUUUGCCAAUUAGAUUCACCUUGGCAAGGAAACCUUAGUUUUUUACAUUCUAAUUGUGACUGUUCUAAUGCUCUGAAGUUUGUCUUGAUUUUAAGCUUAAAUAUAACUUAUGCUAGGAAGAACUGAUUUACAAUUGCAGUAUUUGAGAUGCCAACUUACAUGCUUAGUAAGCAUCUCAAAUUUAAGUUAAGAAUCAAUUGUUUUAUCUCUGCACAAGUUACUGCAUACAUUUUCUUAAAGGGAAGCAGAAAACUGCAUCUUUUAGCACAGAAAGUACUGACAGAAAACUGUUGAUCAUUAGGAUCUGCAAGUUUGGUUAACAGAGUACUUUUGUUAUGUUAAAAUAUUUUUAGAAUUAAGGAUAUGCCAGUUUUAUCAAAUGAAAAUAUCUUUGUACCUGUGACCUCAAUAAUAUAGCAAGUUUAUCAAUAAAAUAGCUCUUUUAA